GGCCUCUUCCACCCCUUCUCCAUCUCCCUUCACCCCCUCCCUCUCCCCCUCUUCCCUGCCCCACACCUUUCCCAUGCUCCUCUCCCCCCUCUUCCCCACCGCCCCAAGAAACCGCUCCGUCUCCCUCGCCCACUCUUUAAUCCCAUCCACCACAUCUACCCCGCCAGCCUCGCCUGGCACCGCAGUGUUUCGGCGCGCUGUAGCUCAGCUCGCGGCAGCUGCAACCCCCCGCGUGUGCUCCAAUAGCUCGGCCAGCCGGUGCGGCACGGGCGCUGUGCCAGCACGUCCAGCGCGAGCGGUUUGUCGAUAACCGCGCGGAGGACGGCGAGGAUGCGCGUUGCGAGGGCGGCUUUGAGGGCGGGGAGCUGGGCGAUGGGAAGCAAAGGUGCGGCGAUUGCGCGUUCUACAGUGAGACGUAUUGGUGGUGUGGUUGCAUUCUGCCGUGGAUCACGUCCCCAUACGAUGCGGCAAUCAAUAAAGGUAGGUACCCAAGUCUGUAUGAAGAAGGGAGAAUAGAGGUACCACGGGGAAGGACAGCGGAUGCACGUGAUUUAAGCGAGGAUUGAGAGAAGGGAGAGGAGGGAGAGGCGGCACUUAAAGAAAAUGUGAGGGGAUGGAAGUAACUACGCGAUUACACUAAAGAGUAAGCCGUAAGCGAGGGGACUGCCAGAGGGAAGAAUCUUUUCACUCACCAUUCCCGACUUGACGCAAAUGAGAGACUUGAAUAGUAUAGCCCUCGUGCAUAACCC